GGGCUACGUAGUUCAGAAAUUCGUCGGCUGUACGCGCGAAACCGAUUUCUAACGUUAGCUUUCGCGGCCGCUUCCAUCCAAACUGCGUUGCGUCGGUGCACACGUACGCGCGCUUUAAUUUAGUGUCUCGGUCCCCUCGUGGAAUAUCAACAGAAGAAGCGAGAACAGGUCAACGACGUGAAUCGACUUUGGUUGGCGACAGGGAAAGAGUACUUGGUGAACUGACCAAAGACGUUGAAACUGUGCGAUCGACGGUGAACUUUUGGGACUUGCAAACCUUCCUUGACUCUAUUUCCCACGAUACAUCACUCGAGGGGGUAAGGUGGGAGAAAUCAUCGCUGCAUAGGUGGCGUCGCUCGAAGACAACGCAAUUUUAAAACAAUAUCGAAGGAGACACAAUGAGGAUCAUAGCAGCAGUUCUGCUGGCUGCUCUCUCGGUUGGAAUCGUUUCUUCGUUUAGCGUUCCAAAGUCUGGCGCCAUCGAUGUAGAAAUUAAAGAAUCAUCGAGCAGACCAGACACGGCAUCGAAUACUAAGCUGGAAAAUUCGUAUUCCUCCACGCCGGCAGUUAUUAUACGAGGAAAAGAUGAAACCGUCCCUCGUGAUAGCGAGAAGCUAACGUCGACAUCGGAGUUUGUCGGUGAUCCCUUAUUUUUGGAUCACGCGAAACCCACCUUCGAUCUAAAGAACGCGUUUCUACAAGAAAUUCAUACUUUGGACGAGGUGGCGUCCAGAGACAAGACUCAGGAUGAAGUGGCGAAAACAUUUAAAGCCGAAGCACGAAGGAUCAAACCGCUUAAACCAUCGCCAAUGACUAAGCCAUUAGUCGCUAAAAUCGACGUCGAUAUUAAUAAUACCGAGCAAGAUAGCGCCAUAAAGAAAUUACUGGAAGCCGAAGAUGUGCCCUACGACAAUGAUUUGACCGAGGACGAAGAAGACGAAAGCGAUAACGACAGUGACAGCGACGUCUUUGAUGACGAUCUCGAAGAUGACGAAGAAGUAAUGACAAACUGUCCCGAUUACUGCAAAUGCAUCGAGUCCACAGCUGCAACGUGUACCAAACUCGUGGAUAAUCAAUCGUUUAGCACGGACCUCGCCCAUUUACGCAUUGAAAAUGCUGAACAAAUACGUCUGGGCCCUAAAGCGUUCCGAUCACGUGGUCUUGAGAAACUGGAAUCCCUCAGGAUCACCGACACGAAGAUCGUCGAAUUGCACGAAACCGCGUUCGACGGACUACCGUACUUGUACUUUGUUAAUUUAACGCGAAACGGUCUCCAAGAGAUCCCACCGAACAUUUUCAAAAAUAACACGCAGCUGACGAUGCUCGCCAUUUCUGGAAACCCGCUGAAACACACGCAAGAUUCGAAAUCGGGAAAGCACGUUCUGUUCGACACACCGUUCGUCAUCGAAUUAGACUUCUCUUACAACGGUUUGACGAAACUGAGACGCGCAGCUUUCACGAAGAUGCAAAGCGUCAUUUACGUUAAUCUGAAGAACAACAAGCUGAGGGAACUCGACAGCGUUACGUUCGACUCGUUGGAGUUGCUCGACGAGCUGGAUCUUUCGAACAACUUGUUGACCGAAAUACCUGUCGAUCUGUUUUACAACAACGAGAUACAGACGCUUCGCAUUGCUGGGAACAACUUGACCACGUUGGGCACUAUAAAAGCACCAAAGCUGAAAAUACUUGACGCGUCUAAUAACAAAAUUAAACUAAUAACGAAAGAUGAUCUGUCUGGUAUGACUUUAUUGGAUCAACUGAUACUUUCUUCGAACGGUCUCAAAACCAUUCAUCAGAACGCCUUUACUGAUUUGAAGCAGAUCACUCACCUCGAUAUCAGUAACAACAGGUUGACUAUCUGGACGGAUCAUCAUCUGAGAACGAAUGGAAGACUGCAGAUUCUGUUAAUGAACGACAACCCUGAAUUAAAAACCUUGCCAGCGUUCAAGACUGUUGGUCUUGAAUAUGAAACUUUCAGCAUCUAUCGUUUUGAAUGUGCAAAUUGUGGCUUGGAACAUCUUAAGAAGGAAACAUUCAACGCCAUGCCAGCGUUGACGCAACUAAAUCUCUCCAGAAAUCGUCUAACCAGUCUAACAAACGGACUGCUGGAACGUACCUCCACUUUACAAGUCCUCGACCUUUCCGAUAAUAAAAUCAGCUCCUUAGACAGAAACAUGUUCUACGGUGCCAUCAGUUUAUCGAAAAUCAAUCUGGCGGGUAAUCCAUUGGUAACUUUACAAGUAACGCCAUUCUUGGUGGCUCCUAAUCUCGCCGAGCUCGACGUGAGCAGAUGCGCUUUGGAAAGAGUUUGGAACGAGGCUAGAGUUCGUUUGACUAGUCUGCGAUUCUUGUCGGUUCGCGACAACCAUCUUCGACAAAUCACGUUGGAAGAGCUGAAGGCUAUGCCAAACAUUGCCAGUUUGGACAUGUCGCAUAAUCCUUUCGAUUGCAACGACGAAUUCAACGAGGCAGUACAAUGGCUCACUAGUCACGGUGUAUCUCCCAUGGAGAAGUUGCGAUUCAUCAACAAUUAUAGCAAUGGCGACAAGUACCACGAUUCUAAAGGUAUUACUGAAUGGACUGAUUUGGCGAAAAUAGUCUGUCAAGGUAUCAACGACGGACCACCAGAUAGGUCAAUUUCACAAAGGAGAAAGAACUUGAACAGCCUUUACGACGAGCUUGACAACACAGAAGACUCUGAUUCUCUAUUGAGAACUGACUUUGAUGGCAAUGAAAACCCGGUGCCAUUCCACUUUGACCAUGGUAUAAAAUCAAACGAGGAAGUCGAUAAAGCCUGGACGACCCAAGAUCAGGAAUACGAAGAGUUCAUUGUAUCAGCGGACAUGGAGUAUCAUCCUUGGUACACCACUUCCCUUUGGCCCGUGAUCCUCGUGAUUUUCAUAACGGCGAUGAUUCUUCUAUUGACGGUGAACGUCGUAGUUUAUUUAGCGAGACGAAGAGGCCGAGGUCCUGUUAUCAGACCGCCGAUGAUACUUCGCCAGGGUCUGAUAGACAACAAGAAUUGUGGCUUAGUUUACAAGCCUCUUCAAGAAGAAAUCGCUACGCCUCAUAUGCCGAAGAGAGGAAGCUUUUAUUCCAGCAGUACAUUUCACUACGACAAGAUCGUUCCAGAGAGUAUUUAAAAUUUAUUACAAGUAUAAAUGUCUGGCAUUCGACUUGAUUCUACUUGAUUAGAAUGUUAAUAACGUUGAGGAAUUAUCGAAGAAACAUUUUGUAUAAAUUCGAUUGGCAGGUUAAGUAUACUUAGAAAAUCGUGCAAUGUGCGAAGCCAUCGAUCCGUUUUUGAUGAAAAUAUUCUGCAAUCUUAAAUAAUCCAGGAAAACUAUGUAAGAUUUUAUAGCAGUAAAAUAUACUUAAACGUAAACGAUGAAUAUAAUGAUGGGUAAUGUAGCUUCUUAAACGUAAUUAAAGGCAUCUAAUGAUUCGAAAAGAAAUAUGGGAGCCAGUGAGCUUUAUAUUUCUUCAUCGGCAAGAUUUAAAUAGUGAUUAGGAAUAUUUCGAACAGUGAUAUGAAAAUUAAUAAAUUUUAUGGAAAAAGUUUGUUUGUGGACGAACAAUCAGUAUUCUGUUUCUUUAUUGAGGUGAUCAGUUUUAAUACGAAAAUAGGAACGGAGUCACAAUAAUUUAAUCGUAUUUGUAUAUUUAAUUGAUAAUACAUAAUUAUAUACAUUUAUUGUUUAAUAUAAUUGUGGAAAUAUAGUUUUGGGCGACAGGUUAAAUAUUAUUCCAAAUA